AUGUUCAACAAGCUCAACCAGACCGUCUCCUACGAUACUGAGGUGACCGCUUUUGUGGAGAAGGGCAAGAUGAAGAAGGUCACCGGGGUCAAGAUCGAGGACCUGUACUCUUUGGUCGAGGUCUAUGUGGAUGAGUCUUCUGCUGAUAAAGUUACCAUCAAGACCGACACCGGUCUGUCUGACACCCGUGAUGCGGCCGUGUUCGCUCUUGGGGAAUAG